AUUUCCAGGCUGAAUAUUUUCCAGACAUUCGUGGGAAAUUAUUGUGGAAUGCUUGGGAUCGACAUUGCUUGUGCCCGUUGUAACUCGGUAGAAUUCACUGUUCGACGCAGUAACGAAGUUACUUUGGGCCAAGGACAAGUUGAAUCCUUUGUGCGAAAGACUCAGCUUGUCACAAUUUUCUCCGAGCGAUUUGCAGUAUCUGGAGAUGUACCAGUUGUUAAUGGGGCCUAUUGCUCGUGCCUUCGACUACCUUCAAGGAGAAAAUAACGUGCAUUACGGUAAAAUGUAUUAGUAUUUUUUAUCGGUUUCACAUUAAGUAAGUGUAUAUUCUAUGCAGGCUGCUUAAUUCCGACUCUGAUGACCCUCAGCAAUAGAUUAAAUAAGCUGCAAAACAAGCCAGAAAUGCAGCAAGUUUCCUCUGUGGUUGCUAAAUUGGAGCAGCGUUGGAGAGAUCGGUUUGACGCAUUUUUUACUUCAAACCGGAGGCCAAUAUAGCACUAGCGGCAACUGUACUAACUCCAGAUAUUAAAAUGAGCUGGAUCAAGGUGUUGCAAAGGAUAAAACCGGAGGUGACAGCAGCGGACAUAAGUAUCUGGGUUUUAAACACAAUUUGCGAUUUCUAUGCAAAAGAUAAUCGUGCUUUCAAUGCACAAAUAUUGAAAAGUAUUGAAUUAUUUGCAAAUAAUAGGCAUUUUGAUUUUGACCUCAACGACACAGAUAACGAAGAAGGAACAAAUGCUACUCCUGAGCCAAGUGCUAGUGAUCGUCGGGCUUUUUUGACCCAUCACUUUUUCUGUUACUUAAAUGACAAUUCAAGAACAGACGACACUUGGGUACAACAUUGCAGUCUAAAAGAAGCUUUCGUUGCCUUUAAUACUCCCCUGACAUCCUCAGCACCAGUAGAGAGGCUAUUUGAUAGUGAACAGUCCAAGGCGCCAGUCAAUGUCGGACUUAUCAUUUGAGAAAUUGGUGUUAUUGA